UGACAUUAAUGACAUAACGUAUUUUUAGGUUAAUUUUGUUUUCAUUUACUCGAAUUGUUUGUUUGGAAACAGUGGAAACUUCUCAUUUACUAAUAAAUUUAGUGAGAUGAGCGAACAAGCAAGCACACCAGAAUCUAAUGAGCCCUCAACGCCGGAAACUAAUGGAAAAGGUUCAGAAAAUGGAAAUUCUCCAGAACAACCAAAGCCUCAAUUAACAAAUGUUGAAAAAAUCAAACAGAGGAAACAAGUUUGGUUCUCAGCAUCACUUAGUAGAAAACUACUUAAAUUGGCAGUAUAUUCUAAAUGUCAGAUUAACGAAUGCCAAUGUACAGGCUGGAAAAAAGUCCAAGAGCAACAAGCGUUCACAUUCAACGAUAUUUGUAAAUGCGACCAUACUAUAGAAAAUCAUGUUUCUCAUUUGAGAUCCAAACCAGAGCAAGAGGUUAAUCGUAUUCUUAGUAUGGCAAUUGAUUUUGAUAAUAUUUAUUCAGCAAUGAAUAGAGAAGAAAAUGCUGAAACUAAAAAAGUAUAUGGUUGUUUAUUCAGGCUGCUUAGAAAAUGUAUACUGACUUUAGAAAGUCCAACCAUUGAUGGUCCACUUGGACAUCCUCCAUUUGAGAGGGCCACUAUCCACAAAGCUAUAACUAAUAUGUUAGUUUAUAAGUUCUCACAUUUAGCACAACAAGAGUGGAAAACAAUGUGUGAAUUAGCAAGAAUAUUAAUUCAGUAUUUAAACAAUUGGGAGUUUCCAGCCCCUGCUCCGAAUCACAUUGUAAGACAGGAAGAAAUGACCAUAUACAGGGUGGAAUACAGAAGGUGGCUUGUGUUCUGUCAUAUACCGAUGUUCUGUGAUUCCCUCAAGCACACAGAUACAACUAUGGCCUUCGGGAAAACUCUGCUUCGCACAGUUUUUAAGCAUAUCAAGAAACAAAUAAUGGAUCAGUUUCAUAGGGCCAGAGAUCAAAUGACCCAAGAGAGAAGGGUCAUGCUUUUAACACAUUUUCCUCCAUUUCUCAAUGUAUUAGACAAGGAACUUUUUGCUCCUAGCUCUCCAAUUUUCGAUCCAGACUUCAAACAUAUUCCAACACUUCAUCUCCAGAGUUUACUAGAAUCUUGCAGGAAACCAGCUCAAGAAGUUCAUCCUCCUCCGUGUACUUCGUCUGUUAAACGUCCCAGUGAUACCCCAGUUAGGGAAACUAAAAGAAGAAGAGAUGAACACUUUGAGGACAUACCGGAAGAAACAGUUGCCCAAAUAAUCAGAACCAUUGAUGAUCCUAAUUACAUGACUGGACCAGAUCUGGUAUUUUCUGAGGAUGCUCCAGCCACAGAUGAAGUUCCAAAGAGUGAAGAAAAGAAGAAAAUCAUCGAAUUGAAGGUUGUUGGAAAUAGCCUCACUGAGCCUGUUCCAAAACAAACGAUGAUAUGGCUGAUUGGUCUGCAAAAUGUGUUUUCCCAUCAACUUCCUAGAAUGCCCAUUGAAUACAUUUCCCAGCUGUUGUUUGAUCCGAAGCAUCGGACUUUAGCGCUGAUCAAAGAGAAUCACUUAAUUGGUGGAAUCUGCUUCAGGAUGUUUGAAACACAAGGUUUCACGGAAAUAGUUUUUUGUGCAGUCACAAACAGAGAGCAGAUCAAGGGCUAUGGUACUCACCUUAUGAACCACUUGAAAGACUACCACAUAAGAAAAGGAGUUCUUCAUUUUCUCACUUUCGCCGAUCAGAAUGCCAUAGGUUAUUUUGAGAGGCAAGGUUUUUCGAAGGACAUCAAGCUCAGCAGGUCGUUUUAUCAGGGUUAUAUCAAAGAUUACGAAGGUGCCACCUUGAUGCAUUGUGAGCUGAAUCCAAAGAUUAUUUAUACAGAAUUUACUGCUACCGUGAGGAAGCAGAAGAAGAUUGUGAAACAAUUGAUUUAUCAACAGCAAAGGACGGUUUCGAAAGUGCACAGGGGACUCACAUUCUUCAAAGAAGGUGUUACCACUCUUCCCAUUGAGUCCAUACCAGGAAUAGAAGAAACUGGAUGGAGACCAGCAGCUAGGGCAACAAGACUUGUGCAGCAACUUGAAGAAUCUCAGGACAUUGAUGUACUUGCUGGGAUGCUGAAAAUUGUGUUAAACUCUGUGAAGAAUCAUGAAGAUGCUUGGCCCUUCAAGCAGCCAGUAGACAGAAAUACUGUCCUAGAUUAUUAUGACCUUAUUAAGUAUCCAAUGGAUCUCAAGACAAUGGCUGAACGUUUGAAAUCUAGAUAUUACGUAUCCAGGAGGCUUUUCAUUGCUGAUAUGAUGAGAAUUUUCACGAAUUGCAAAAUUUAUAAUGCACCUGAUACAGAAUACUAUCAGUGCGCUGUUAAUUUACAGCAAUACUUCCAGACUAAAAUGAAAGAAAUAGGUUUAUGGGACAAAUAGCAAAUUUUUCAAUGUUUUCUAAUUUAUUUUGUAAAUAGAUUCAAAUUGUAUUUCCUGCGGAAACUCAUUGUAAAAUAGUCUUUUCUGUAAAUAUAGAAUAAUGAAAACUA